UUGUUUAUUCAAUUUUGAUAACUAAAACGGUGAUUCACUGCAUAGUGUGCAUUUUUGUUUUCGACAACUUUUGUGCAUCUCCUUUGAACUCUUGAUUAUUUUUCAAACAACGAAAAGGGUUGCUUCAGUUCUUGACAGUCAUACCUAGACAACUUUAUACAAAGAAGAAACAUAAGGCAAAAUGCAGAAUCCAGAUGCAAACCAGCUUCCUGAAGUUGAUUCAUUGCCAGAUGGAUUUGUUGAAGGAACUGCAGAACUUGUUGCACCUGCAACUCCAACUCCUGAACAAGAGAAGCCCCUCAGUGAUUACAAGGAGGACAGAUCCUUAAAUCGCCAUCUUUCUAAUGAAUCAUCAAACAUGUUGGGAGAAAAGGAGCUUCAAAACAAUCACGACUGCUCAGUGGACGUUCCUUCUAAUAGCUGUAUGCAACAUAUCGAAGGUACGCAUAUUACGUCUCCACCAGCUAGUGCUGUUUCCGAGUCUCUACUACCCAGAUGUUGUGAGGUAAAAGAGCAACCGCAAGGAGAAUGCCAAAGUUCAGAUAAAUCAAAACAACCUUCGGAGACAAAAGCACUGCCUCUAAAGGAUGCAUGUGCUCCAGGGAUGGUUGAUUCUUCAAAAAACAAAAAAUCAGAAACUGGUGAAAAGCGCAAGGUUUCAAAGCGUACACUUAAAUCAGAAAAGGAGCUCUUAGAGUUUUCGCUAAAGUACCAACAAGUAUUGGCUGAAAGAGACGCAGCUCUUGCUGUCAGAGACAAGCUUGAGUCACUAUGCAGGGAGUUACAGCGUCAAAAUAAAAUGCUGAUGGAAGAAUGUAAACGUGUGUCAACUGAGGGACAAAACUUAAGGCAGGACUUGUCAGCCAAGUUCCAAGAUGCAAUCAAGGAUGUGAGCAUGAGGCUUGAAGAACGAAAGGAUGAUUGUCUCUCUCAGCUAAAGGAGAACGACAUGUUAAGAAACAAUCUAAAGCAGCUUGCUGAGCAAUAUGAACUAUCUGAGCAGCAAUAUGCCCAGAAGUUGAAACAAAAGUCAUUGGAACUACAAAUUGCUGAAUUAAAAAUUAAGCAACAUGAGGAAAAAUUGGCUCAGGAACAGUCCCAGAUGAAAUUAUAUGCAGAACAAGUAUCUCAGUUAUUGGCAACCGAGAAGAAUUUGCGUUUGCAGCUGACAACUGAUGGGGAGAAAUUCCAACAAUUCCAUGAAGCAUUGACAAAGAGCAAGGAUGCAUUUGAAACAUUUAAACAAGAGAUUGAGAAGACGGCAAAAUCAAUGAAGGAACUCAAGAAGGAGAAUCAAUUCUUGAAGAAUAAAUCGGACAAGUCUGAUAUUACGCUUAUAGAGUUAGUUGACGAGUGCGAGCGCAUGAAGAAACAACUGAAGAAAACCCAAAAUCAGAAAGAAAAACUCGAAUCAUUAUGCCGGUCACUUCAGGCAGAGAGGAAGCAAAGUUUAUCUGAGAACAAUAGUAAUAAUAACAACUCAGUUACAAUAUGAAGAAGAGGUGGUUCCUAAAAACUUCCGGAAGGAAGAAAUGUAUCUUUCUAAUACCUUGUUUAUAUCUGGCAUAGUGGCAUUUGGUUUUUUAGGGAACUUGCAUACAAUUGCAGGGAACUUGCAUACAAUUACAUAAUCGUGAGACUUUGCUAUAUUUUUUAAUGCCAUGUAUCUUGUUUGAAGAUUUCACAGCAGCAUGUAUCUUGUUUGUAUGUCAUGUUUAUUUAUUUUAAAGUCACAAGGCUCAGUCUACAAUCAGCCUCAACA